AUGGUUGCAUGCUUAAUAAUUGGUUUUUGCUUAAUUCUUGCAGGAUCUCUCGGUAUUUUUAUCGAAAGUGGAGUUUGGUGGGCCAAAAUCAGAUAUGAUUUUCCACAAAGCAAGAACAACGGCUUUGCAAAAGAUUUAUACUACGUAGUUCUAUUCUCAUGGGUUCUCACACUCAUUGAAAUCGUGUUUUCAGCAGCUGCUCAAUUUUAUCAAUUUUUAAAGAAGAAUCAGAUAAAACUCUUAAAUGGUAUUAUAGGCCUUUUAGGAAUUACUACAUUUAUAUUAUACUGCUGUGAAGCAAGCUUUUCUUCAAAAUCAAGAUGCAAUAAGAUUCACGAGAUCGGAUUAUCGCCAGCAAAUCAAUCAACAUCAUAUCUGAAGUAG